GGAUGGUGUACCGAACGUUCAGCAGUUUCGGCGCGCUACUCUGCAUCGUGGUGGGAUCAGGAGUCUAUGUCUCGUAUCAAGGCCAAAAAGACAAGGAAGUUGCGUGGCCACGUAAGUCAUGGCCAUGGACGAGUAGGGAAACAUCGCAAGCAUCCUGGAGGACGGGGUAAUGCAGGUCUUGAACAUCAUCAUCGUAUCAACAUGGAUAAGUACCAUCCUGGCUAUAUUGGCAAAGUUGGUAUGCGCCAUUAUCAUCUUAAAAGAAACCCCUACUACUGUCCAACAAUUAACCUGGAUAAAAUAUGGUCUUUAGUAUCGCAAGCGACAUACGAAAAGUAUAGAGACUCCACUGACGGUAAAGCUCCUGUAAUAGAUUGUUUGCGUAAGGGUUACUUUAAAGUCCUAGGCAAGGGGUAUCUUCCGAAAGUCCCAGUUAUUGUUAAAGCCCGGUUUUUCUCUCGGAAAGCAGAAGAAAAAAUCAAAGCAGUUGGGGGAGCUUGUAUAUUGACUGCAUAAAUAUAAUUUAGCACUGGAUAUUCCAUUCAAUCUUCUGAACGUAACUGGUGAUUAACGUAGAUAUGUAUGCUGCAACAGCAUCAACCGACAUCAUGUAAAAUCAUAAUCUAAAGAUUACGUACAUAAUGUUAAGUCACC